AUGGCGUCUUUCUUCGGGAACAUCGAGAUUGCAUCUCCUAUUGAAGUUUUUUAUAUGAACAAAAUGUAUCAUGAGGAACCAGCGGAGUAUAAAGUUAACUUAACCGUUGGAGCAUAUCGUACGGAAGAAGGUCAACCGUGGGUAUUACCGGUGGUACGUGAAGCAGAGAAACGACUUGCAGAUGAUAUUAGCCAUGAAUAUUUACCAGUGCUUGGCUAUGAACCAUUCUGUAGUGCAGCAGUGGAACUAGUUCUUGGGAAGAAUUCAUCGACUAUCAGAGCCAUAGGUGUGCAGUGUCUUUCCGGAACGGGUUCACUAAAAGCUGGAGCCGAUUUUCUCAGUUUUGUCAUGAAAAUGGAAACGGUUUAUGUUUCCAAACCUACUUGGGGCAAUCAUAAAUUGAUAUUUGCAAGAGCUGGUUUUACUGAUAUACGUGAAUAUUAUUACUGGGAUUCAACAAAUCGUUGUAUUAAUAUGAAAAAUAUGUUGGCCGAUCUUGAGACUGCACCUGAGAAUGCUGUAGUGGUUUUGCAUGGUUGCGCUCAUAAUCCAACGGGUAUGGAUCCGACUCGUGACCAGUGGAAACAGAUUGCAGAAGUUUUUAAGAGGAGGCAUCUAUUUCCUUUCUUCGAUCUUGCUUAUCAAGGUUUUGCAAGUGGUGAUCUGGACGCGGAUGCCUGGGCUGUACGAUAUUUUGUUGAGCAAGGAUUGGAGAUGUUUUGUGCGCAGUCAUUUGCUAAGAAUUUUGGCCUUUAUAAUGAACGAGUUGGUAAUCUGACAGUUGUAGCAUCGGAUCCAUUGGUACUAGCAAGUAUUAAAUCACAGAUGUCAUUGGUUAUUCGAUCUAAUUGGUCUAAUCCUCCCAGUCAUGGGGCAAGAAUUGUGCACAUGAUAUUAACUUCGCCAAGUAUGUGCGCUCAGUGGCAUGAUGCUAUAAAGACGAUGUCUUCGCGCAUAAAGGAUAUGCGAUAUGCAUUGCGAAACAAUCUGGAAAAACUUGGUACUCCUGGAACAUGGGAGCAUAUUACACAGCAAAUUGGAAUGUUUUCAUUUAUUGGUCUUAAUACGGAACAAGUUGAUCACCUUAUCAAGAAGUAUAAAGUGUUUCUGCUGAAGAAUGGACGAAUAAAUGUUUGUGGAUUAAAUCCAGAAAAUGUUGAAUACGUUGCGAAAGCAAUCAAUGAAACUAUCAAUAACAUAAAAUAA